AAAAAGGAAAGCUAUAAACGAACAUUCUUCAAGUGAAGAAGAAACUCCUGAAAGAGGGAGAAGUAAAACUUACGAGAAAUAUGAAGAUGAACAAGCACAAAAUAAAACGUCUGCCAACAAAAUUCUUAGCAAUAACAAAAGAAAUAAAAUUUUAAAUAGAAAAACCUCAUCUUAUGAGAAUACUAAUACUGGUACUGAUACAGAACCGGAACAUGAAGAAGACGAAUACGAACGGGGUAGAGUAGAAGAUCAUUCAG